AUGAGUGAACGCGAGACACCAAGUAGUUCCGGGUCGCAAGGAUCGGACAAAGGAAACAAUAGUACUAGGACCCCUUCUCAACCUAUGCCUACUGGAUCAAGUUACUAUGCCAGUGAGCCGAUACAGUUCAGAGUUCGAGGUUCAACCAUCACAGGUGCUUCACCUCCUAAAUUCGUGACUUUGGAGGACAUCAUGAAAGCAGCUCAUGGUAUGCAGAAUAUGGCUUUAGCGCAUGAGAUUGCAGUUGAUCAGGACUUCAAAUUAGAACCUUUUGAACCACCAGAUAACAGUUAUCAAAAGCUAGUGAAAGAAACAAUGCACAAAGCAUACUUCGACAUACUAAGAGAGCAACUUAACUCUGACCCACCUGAGUACAAGCAGGCUCUUAUACUCUUAGAAGAUGUUAAACAGGGACUGUUCUCAAUACUGCUUCCACGGCACACUCGCAUCCGAGAGAUGAUAGAAGAAGUUUUAGACGGUGAGUUCAUCAAACAACAAGCUGAAAACAACAGUCUCGACUUCCACAAGUAUGCCAGCUUUGUGAUCGAUUUGAUGGCCAAGCUAGCCGCGCCUGUGAGGGACGAAAUGAUUCAGAAUAUUACCAAACUUACCGAUACGGUAGACAUAUUCCGCGCGAUUCUAGAAGCUUUGGAGGUGCUAAAGUUGGAUCUUGCCAACACCCUGAUUGCAAUGAUGAGGCCUCACGUACAACAAGAGAGUGUGCACUAUGAGAGAGCCAAGUUUGAAGAGCUGCUUAAAGUGACUGAAGAUGGCCUAAAAUACACCCGAGAAUGGCUGCAACGUAACAUAGAGAAGGAAGGACUCAGUAUCCCUGUUACAGACAAGAUAAUCAUCAGAAAUGUUACUGCACAAACACUUGCCAAAGCGUAUUUGGAGCUGUUAGAGUGGACUGGUGCUAAAAAUUACCCUGAGACGGUGGCUCUCGACGCUCCCCGUUUCGCAGAGCUAGGUACUCAAGUGUACCGUCUUAUAAUAACAGCAUCCCUUAUGUUGGCAAGCCCAUCGUGCGCAAGCGACGCUACCACAGCCGCGCAGCACAAACAGACGCUAAAGGAGAAGAUAUUGAUCAUUAUUGACAAUACUACCAAUGACAUAGAACUGAAAUCUGUUCUGCCGUCAGUAGCAGAAGAAGUAAUCUUGGUAACAGAACAACUUCUCGAAAAUCUAAAUCAACCACCGUUAGUUGGGGAGACGAAGGACCUUAUCAGGACACAAAUCACUUCCCUUGGGGACCCUGACCAUAGAGUGCGAGAGAUAGUCCGUCAACGAGUGCUUGAGUUUUUAAAAACUAUUCUCGUUUGCGGAGGCGGCUCAAGACAAAUCCCGGUCGGUCUCUCGGCCUUAGCGCGGGAAUUGACGUCAAUCUCGGGAACGUUGCUACGGUACGUCAUGCACAACAAAGCGGUGUUCACAUCAUACUAUAUGGAUAUAGUAACAGAGGAACUGAGUAGAAACUAA